AUGACAUCCCCCAGACGUCUCUCUCGCUCCCUAUUCGACCGCAUCCUCAACAACAACAAUCGCGACAACGCCCACAACGACGACCACACGCUUCGCAACGACGCCGAUAACGGCCCCGCCCUCGCCCGCUCCCCGCUCGCACCCAUCGAUCAGCAGGCCUUCCUCCCGUCCACCCAAGCGAUGACAGGAGCCACACUCACCUCCCCCGCACCGGCUUUUCACCAGGAACCCAACGGAAAGCAAUCAAAUCUCAUUGGCAAGUCCAUCGUACCACGCCGCUCGUCCUACACCAGCACAGACGACGACGCAUUUCCCCCAGGCAGCAGCCAGGGUUCAGUCCAUCGCAAACGAUCACAGGGCGUCGUCGUCGCGCUCGCAUCCAUAUCCUUCGCCUGGGAGCAGGGCUUCACGCCGGCCUACCCACGUCCACUCUUUAUCCUCAUCGUCCACGGCUUCUUCCAAUCGUCGAACCUCGCUCCCGACUCUGUAUCCAUCACCUACUAA